UAAACCCACAACCAUAAAAUCAGUCUGUAUAUGCAGCAAAGCAUGUUAUACUCACUGUGGAACCUAUGGGGUUAAUCUUCUGCAUUGUGUAAAAAGCUGUUUAAUCCUGACUUCUCUGAUCCUCCCCUUCUUCUAGUUUUCCCCUCUUAUCUCCUGAUGAGACAUAUUGUGUAGAGUCACUCUGCACAUGCUCAGUUUGUGUGUAUUGCUAGAGAGGUUUUUUUUUUUCUUUCUUGGAAGCGUGCAUGUGAUCAGCACAGGGUCAAUCAGCACUGUCCAGACAGGGUCAGGGGUUUUGCAUCUUUCUAGAGCAGAAAGAAAACUCCUACAAGCUUUAACCAGUGCUCUGCUGAAGUCACAAGACAAGAUGAGAAAAAUUAGCAGUUUAUAUUUACUAAAAUAAUUGCACCUCCAUGUUGUGUGUACUGUGGGAGGCCAGAUAUAGUGAAU